AACACAGUCAGUAAGUCGAAACCUGUGUUAUGGGAGUUUCAUGAAAUUCUACGAUAAAUGAUAUUAUUUCUCAGAUAAAAAUGCUGUGGGUGAUCGCAGUUACCAUACUAGCUGUUAUAUUAUUAUCUGCACUUUCAAAGAAGAAUGAAUCACUUAAAAAUUUGCCCGGACCUCUCCGACUUCCAUUCAUUGGCACAAUUUUAACGCAACCGUGUUCAUCUGUAUGUACAAGUGAUAAUUUUGAAAAAUUUCUGGGUUUAUAUAAAUUAUAUGGAAGUCGAUUCUUGUUCAAAUCGUUUAACAGAUAUAUAUUACAUAUUUAUAAUCCAAAGGAUGUUGAGAUAGUUUUAACUCAUUCACGGAACAUAUCAAAGCAUAAAGGAUAUAAGUUCAUGGUGCCCUGGCUUGGAACCGGCUUGCUUAUUAGCACUGGCAGCAAGUGGCAAAAACGACGGAAGGUCUUAACUCCAACAUUCCACUUUGAGAUUUUGAAGAACUUUGCAAAGGUUAUGGAGAACCAAAGCCGGAAGACCAUAGAGAUUCUAAAUUCAAAAAUUGGUAUAGAUGGAAGGUUACUUAACGUCAUACCGUUUUUAACUGAAUAUUCACUGAAUGUUAUAUGCGAAACUGCAAUGGGAACUCGACUUGAUGCAGAAGAAAUGGAUUGUAGCAAACUGAAAUACAAAGAGUCAAUCUUCGUUCUCGGAGUCUCAGUCAUACAAAGAUUAAAAAAAAUCUGGCAACACAGUGAUUUUAUUUUUAACCUGACACCAGCCGGAAAAGCGUUUAGAAACUAUUUAGAUGAACACCAUCGUUUCACUGAUAAUAUUAUAUCUGAGAGAAAAAAACAGAGAGAUGAGAGCGUACAAGAGAUUAAAUGUGUCGAAAAUCAGAAUUAUUUGGGUGAUGCUAAGAGGAAAUUAGCACUUCUUGAUCUGUUAUUAGAUGCUGAGAGCAAAGGAGAAAUUGAUAUUGAAGGUAUAAGGGAGGAAGUCAAUACAUUUACGCUAGAGGGUUAUGACACUACUAGUGCGGCGUUGAUGUUUGGUCUAAAUCUCAUAGCUGACCAUGAGGAAGUUCAAGAUCGUUUAUACGAAGAAUGCAAGGGUAUAUUUGGAGAUUCAAUGCGUACAGCAGAUCCGAGCGAGCUAGCUCAGAUGAAGUACCUGGAGGCUGUGGUAAAGGAGAUACUGAGGUUAUAUCCCAGCGUGCCGUUCAUUGGGAGAACUAUUGAUGAAGAUUUUAUGUUAGAUGACCUUCGAGUACCGAAGGGCACAGAGGUUGUGGUCCACAUCUUCGACAUGCAUCACCGAGAGGAUCUGUUCCCUGAGCCGUACAAGUUUCAGCCUGAGCGCUUCCUCAGCGGGGAGAAGACGAACUUUUCUUACGUACCAUUCAGUGCUGGACCGCGAAACUGUAUAGGGCAACGUUUCGCCAUGCAAACAGUUAAGUAUUUAAUAAGCGACGUCAUCCGUCAUUUCAAGCUGUAUCCCAAGACGAGAGGACAUCGGCCCAAAAUCAAAGCUGACAUUAUGUUACGUGCAGAUGAACCUAUUUAUGUAAAAUUUAGUAAACGCUAAAAGUUCCUAUGAAUGUGUGUAAGGAUGCCUACUAAGAUCCUGAAAAUGACUGAAUGUGAUGGAUGCUUUCAAAAUAGCUCUGUUCUUUUAGUAUUGAUAUUAUUUUUCGAAAAAUUUAACAGAGAUAAAUUGACAAUACAAAAUUAUAUUUAAGCAUUCGCUGAACUUAUUAAUAUGAGCUAAAUAUUAAUUUAUUAAACAAUGUCCAACUGCCAUAAAUUUGGUUUACCAUGUGCAUAUGCAUUAAUAAAAUUAAACGUCAUAAUGCAUUAAUUUUAAUGAAUUUAUUAAUUGUAUUCUGUUUUUAUUAUGUUCGUAUUUAACCGUUUUAUGAUACCUGUAAAGGAACUUUCCGUGUUACUUUUACAUAUAUUUUUUAGUUAUUUUUUUACUUACUACCACGGACGAGUAAAAAAAUAAGGACCGUGUCACUUUACAUAACAGUGAGGCACCAAAACAAGCCGCUAAACGUGUAAAUACAUAGCCCCACGCAUACACUCACACUAAUACAAGCCGAUCGGCCGCCAUUAUGAGAUUUGCCAUCGUCUGUGACAGAUCAGUUUGCGUCGCAAUAAAAUAUUAUAAAAAUAUCGUUGUGCGUUGUGAAAAAGUGUAAAAACAAUAAUAUAAAAGUAUUUGUGGAUAUAUGAUUAUCUAAGGGAAAAAAAAAUGUGUAACUGGUAUACCCCGUAACCACUACACCACACACACUAGCAUAAAGGUGCUUCACUUGCUAAUAUCACGGCGCGGAGUCCUUCUUUUUUUACUAGUCCGUGCUUACUGCAAUAAAACCAUCUUAACUCAUUGAUAUUAUAAUUAUAUGACGUCACCAUAUAAAUUUUAAAAAUAAUGUAAACGGAAUGUUAUUUUAUCUGACUCUGUACGUACACUACACUACUGACAGUGAUGGACUUAUGUAGGAACAGUCUUCAAUAUGACAGCAAUACGAAUAUUUUUAGAACAUCAUAGUGAAAAAAGGUCGCCAUACAAUACAAUAAAUACAAUCGCGUGACUCUUUCUUCUUCUGAUGUCUGUCUGGUCAGCUAGUAAUAUUAUAUAGAUAAAACACUACAGAUGAAUAACGAGGAUUAUAUCUGUCUGUAUGAUUUUCUAUUUCUUAUUAUGAAUGGUUUCUAAUUAAGAUUUCAGUUCACAAAUAAAAAGGAAUAAUUGAGACUAUAAUGUUAUGCUUGUUUCCUUAGAAUUAGUUAAAAAAGAUAUUUAUAUUAAAAUAUUUCCAAUGGAAGUCCAUUUAGAGUGAAGUGAAGUUAAUGUUUCGCAUUCAGUAUGAAAGUUUCACUCCAACACAGUUGAGAUGAGAUGAGAUAUCAUCCUCAUCAUCAGCCGGAAGACGUCCACUGCUGGACAAAGGCCUCUCCCAAAGAUUUCCGCGACGAUCGGUCCAGCGCUGCCCUCAUCAAACGUAUUCCAGCGAUCUUGACCAGAUCGUCGGUCCAUCUUGUGGGGGGCCUAACAACACUGCGUCUUCCGGUACGUGGUCGCCAUUCGAGGACUUUACUGCCAUUUGUCCGUCGAACUAUCUGCCCUGCCCACUGCCACUUCAGUGUCUCAAUCAUUUGGGCUAUGUCGGUAUUUUUGGUUCUCCUACGGAUCUCCUCAUUUCUGAUUCGAUCUCGCAGGUAUACUCCGAACAUAGCCCUCUCCAUUGUCCUCUGAGCGACCAUGAGCUUUCUCAUAAGGCCCAUAGUUAGAUCACGUCUGCGUACCGUAAGUCAUCACUGGCACUAAGAUGAGAUAUAGAUAUAUACUAGCUGACCCAGCAAACGUUGUAUUGUCAUAUAAAGUAAUAAAAAAGUUUUUGGGGUGUAAAAAGUAGAUGCAACCGAUUCUCAGACCUACCAAAUUUAUCGUACUACAAUUAUUGUAAGUAUUGAUCCAUUGCCAUCUUGCUACCCUAUAGCGGAUUUGUGGAUGGAACAGAAUAAUAUAAAACUCGCGAUACAAAAGUAGGGGUUGACCGUAGAGAAAUGAAAAUUUAGGGUUGUAUGUAUUUUUAAUGUUGUAUCAUAAAAAAAUAAAAAACAAAAAAUUACGUCCAAAAAAAAAUAAAAAACAAGUUUUGGGGUGUAAACCACCCUUAACAUUUAGGGGGAUGAAAAAUAGAUACUAGCCGAUUCUUAGACCUACUGAAUAUGCAUAUAAAAUUUGGUAAAAAUCAGUUAAGCCAUUUCGGAGGAGUAAGGUAACUAACAUUGUGACACGAGAAUUUUAUAUAUAAGACUAGUUUACCCGACAGACGUUGUUCUGUAUAUAAUAAAUAAAAUAAAGUUUUUAUUAAUUUGUUAAUAAUAUAUCAUAACAUCAAGAAUUAUUUCGUAAAAUAUGCUCCCUGUUGUUGUAAUGAAACUGUUUCACAGCAGAACUGUAAAACCGUGCGUCAAUAAAUUCUCUCAUAGAAAAUAUGUCCAUACAAAACAAAAUAUCGGUCGACGGGACAACUCAAAGGAAAAACAAAAUUGUUGUUUUUAUUAAAUUCCGAACACUUUCAUAUUUAUUCACCUUUUAAACCUUCCCUGGACUUCCACAAAUAAUUGAAAACCAAAAUUAGCCAAAUCGGUCCAGCCGUUCUCGAGUUUUAGCGAGACUAACGAACAGCAAUUCAUUUUUAUAUAUAUAGAUAGGUAUACAUAUAACUACAGCUAAAUAACGCCCAUUUUGAUAUUGAUAUUCAUACAAACUAUUUCUUCUUUUUAUUAUAUCUAUUAUUUUUAAUAAUUUGCUUCAAAUCCUUUUUAAAUAUGUAGGUCGAACUUUAUUUCGUAUUUAAAUUAAUGGCUUGCAAUGAGAGUGGUGUAUGCACCAGUAACUGGCAUUCAUACCAGAUUAUGUACCUAUUAGACCAUAAUUAUUUUAAUGUUUUGUACGUAAUGCUGUUGGUGUGUCAGUUAAUAAAUAAAUAAAUGUAGUUAAGGGCUUUUAAAAUCUCUUUUUUUGGCCACUUUUAUAUAGAAAAUGUAAGUAAACUAAGAGUAGAAGAGAGAGUAGUGGAAUUAGUAUUUUCAUUUAGAAACAACUCCCAAACAUUUGUUAGAAACAUAUUCUUUUGAUCACAAAAGGCUCCAUGAAGUGAAAUUCGAGACGAAAAAGAGAUUUUUCCAAUAACAGCUCCAAUAACCUUUCUCAAAGAGAAAUUUGUGAAAAACGGGCGUGAAUCGAAUCUCGUGGAUAAUAAAACCCAUACGAGAAUAUUAAGUCGAGUUAUCAUUAUCGUGCCAAGUUGAAUGGUUUUAUGUUUGGACUUGUUUUUCUCAGUUUUCGUUAGAAUUAUAUUAAAUUGUGAAUUGCACGUUUCAGCUUCAGUUCGCGAAUUAAACUUAUGUUUAAUUAAUGUAGUAUGAUACUGUGUUACUCUUUGUAAUGUCUGAAGGUUAAGCGAUUGCACAUUAAAAAACUGGUGAAAA